GCCUGGACCGACUGGACCAAAACAGGAAGUGAGACAUGGCAUCAGUGUUCUGUGGAGUAGAGGGUGGAGCGACCCACUCCAAAGCGGUGGUGGUGGCAGCAGAUGGAAAGAUCCUGGCCGAGACGGAGGGACCGUCCACUAACCACUGGUUGGUCGGGCUGGACAAAUGUAUUGAAACCAUCAACGAUAUGGUCCAAAGAGCCAAGAUGGAGGCGGGGCUGGAUCCGAACACGCCGCUGUGCUCGUUGGGCAUGUCUCUGAGCGGUGGGGAGCAGAAAGCCGCCAUCGACAAACUGAUCGCUGACAUGAAGCAACGUUUCCCAACUCUCUGCCGGCACUACUUCAUCACCACAGAUGCAAUCGGUGCAAUGGCGACUGCCAGCAAUCGUGGAGGUGUUGUGUUGAUAUCAGGGACCGGCUCUAACUGCAAGUUGGUCAAUCCCGACGGCUCACAGAUCGGCUGUGGAGGCUGGGGUCACAUGAUGGGUGACGAAGGAGGAGCAUUCUGGAUCUCUCAUUUGGCGGUGAAGACGGUGUUUGAUGCCAGGGACAACCUGGCCGCUCCUCCCCAUGACGUUACGCAUGUCAGCAAGGCCAUGGAGGAGUACUUCCAGGUGUCAAAUCUGAUGGGCAUGCUGCCGCACCUCUACAGAGACUUCCAGAAGUCCCACUUUGCCGGUUUGUGCGUAAAGCUGGCUGAAGGUGCAGAAGCAGGGGACGCUCUCUGUCAGUAUGUGUUUACUCAGGCUGGGAGAGUCCUGGCAAAACACGUAGAAGCAGUUUUACCAACAGCACAAGAGCCUCUGUUGAGUAGUGACCUCGGCCUGCCCGUGCUGUGUGUGGGCUCAGUGUGGAAGAGCUGGGAGCUUCUGAAGCCAGGGUUCACUGAGGUCUUGGAUGAAGUGGCAGCAUCUGACAAGUUCAAGGGCCGUUUCCAUCGCUACAGCCUCCUGACUCUGCGGCAGUCCUCGGCCCUCGGCGGCGCUAGUCUGGGGGCUCAGAGUAUUGGCGAAACCUUAACUCUGGAUUAUGACGCUAACGCCAAAGUCUUCUACCAGCACACUUUUAACAGCAUCCAAUGAGAGUGCAGCUGCAAAUCCCCGUAAUUCUGAACCAAUCAGUGUUCAGCUAAAGGGAAAUCGUAUUCUCCAAUAUCUAUUGUUCAGCAUCCUUGCUAAUAGCACCUACUAUAAUGAUGAUGAAGAUGAUAAUGAUUGUGUAAUAAUGGUGAAGCACUUGAUUUGGUGGUUUCUGUGGAAGGUGGUUGAAAAUAUCCAAUAUCUUCAUAGAGGCUAUUUUGACAAUGUAAUUGAUAUGUCUUUCCUUUUACUGUAAUUGUAACUCUUUGCACCUUUAUAACACUUGUUUACAUUUGACAUUUAUAAUAAAAGAUACUGUUGACUGUUAACAGACAACU